CAACGCACAAGCACAUUUAUAACUGUGCUAUUUAUUGUUCUAGCUUGUGGCAAUAGUGUGGUCCAUAUGUGCUUCCAACUAACUCUUGAAGUUAAAUCAUUUCAAAGAAAGUCUUGAAGCAAAACGACCCAAUGAGGUCAUGCAACCUUUAACUAUUGUGGUAAUAUCGCUCUAAUGUGGAGUUUAAGUUCCCAAAAAUCAUUGAGAAAAUUACUUUAUGUUCCAAACGGUGAGCUUGGAAUCCCAAUAUUCAAUAGGCACCCUUUGAUGAAAAUUCCUUUCUCAAUGUCAGUCAAGUCAACAUUUAUCCAUGACAAACAGGUCUGAGCUGCAUCCUUGAAGUCGCCGUCUUUGCUUUCCUCAUGCUUCCUAGCCACAUAUACCCAUCGUGAAUAAUUAGUGUGGAUCAAUCAUAAUAAUGAUAUACAAAUAUUGAAAUAUAAAUUCAACUAUAAAUUAUUGAUAUUAGUAACAAUGUAGUAAAGCUAUAGGAGAGGAUCAAUUUAGAACAUCUUACAUAAAGGGGUAUAAUGCUAUAUAGUAACUAACCGUAGCAGCGAGGUCAGCUUGGUUGAGCUCCUAACACAACGAGUCAAGAACUUGUAUCUCACGCUUUUGUGCAUUAACAACAGCUAAAUACCUAUGUGUGUCUUUGAUAUAUAUUUAUUGGAAUUAGAAUCUAAUAAUCAAGAUAUUAAGUUAAUCGCAUACAUAUACAACUAUAAACCAAAACUCUAUCAAACCUAGAACAUGUCAACUAUAAAGAGAUUGUUACAGUUUCAUGCUUUAGAUAGUUUCUCACAAUCUUUGUAAUGCAGUUUCCAUCUCCAUGUAUUACAAGGUUUUCAUUCCCUUUUAGCAUUGCGGAAGUAAAUGGAUUUUCAAAGUAAAUUUUAUAUCAUUCCUAAUUUGCAGGUGUGCUCAAUCCUUUAUACAACACAUAUGCCAAAAGAUUAUUUAUUUACUUGUAAGUAGGUGUACGGACAUCAUUUCAGGAAUAUUUUUGGAUCUAGCAGGCAUAAGAGUUGAGCUUGUGUGACAAAUAUGCCAAAGAUGUUUCUAUUGUUAUUUGACAACAACAAUCCAGGUUGGUCAUUGCAUAAUCUGCCAAUGUUCAAAUGUUUUAUAUAUUAUAUAGUAAUAAACAAAGUAAACACAAUAUAGUGAAAUGAAAAUAUUAUAAUAAUGUGUAACUUGUGGUAGAUAGUCAUAUGAUUGAUCAACUUUGAACCGUUCACCAUGCCCCUCUGGCUGCUUAUCAUCAUCUAGUUUAUCUGAUUCAAAAUCACUCAACUCAGAAAUUUUUUCAUUCUCAAUGUCACUUGAUUCAACAUUGUAAGAGCCUGAUUUAUGAAAAAAAUACAAAAACUAAAAAUUAUCAAAUUAGAGACCAGUCGGCUAAAUUAAACUAAUAAAAGAAUAACUAGCCGAAGAUGAUUCUGGGAUGGUUGGUGACGGAGGUGGCAGCCGUGGGUCACAAUCAUUCAUACCGAAGACACACAAUUCAGAACAUCUUCGAUUAGUUUUAAUUAUUUGAUUCUUUCAUGUCUAAUAUUUAAACACACACAGUACAUACUUCCUAUAACUAUGUGGACCAGAGGAGAGGAACAACACAUCAUCCAUGAUUCAUUUAUAGGUAGGCUUCCUAAUAUAAUUGUCAGUUAGGCUUCACUUUCCUCAUAAUUUUAUUUGAUUCGGUUGGUUCGGUUCGUCCCCAACUUCUCGUCUUCUCGUUCAGACUAAUGCUCAAAUCUUUGGGCGGUGCUCAGACGCCUUCGGUGGCUGGCCGCCCCCCACUACUAAAAAACAGUUUUCCCCACCAAUAUUUUCGCUGCCUAUUCUUAUAGAGCCGGCGGCGAAAAUGUUUCACCGUCGGCCCUAUAACAGGUGGACGAAGUGGAUAAAACCAUUUUCACCGCUGGCCCCAACCUCAAAUCAAGGAUAAAAAUAGAUUCUAUUUUCACCGUCAGCCUUAACCACGGGCUAAGGGUGAAAUUUGUUUCCUUUCCAACGCCGGUGCUACAGUCCACUGCAGCAAGACCGGCGGUGAAACAGAAUGGUUCGCGUGGUGGCAUGUCCCCCCUCUUCACCCUUCUCAACCGAAGGAAACCAUCUCCAACUCAAUCCUCUUCGGCUCUGCGUGCUCGUGCUCGGCUUCCUUCCUCUUCUCCUCUGUCGUCUCCCUCCCGAGCGUGCCACGCGACACCGGCGAGGCUAAGCAGAUGAGCUAGCCUGUGUUGGUGUUGGUGGCGCCCCCCGACACCUCCCUCCAUCCAGACGCCUCCGCGCCCAGGCCUUGAUUCCGGCGGCGCCCCGCCGGAGCGGGCCCAACGCGUCCGCGCCGCCCCGACCUCUGCCCGGCCAGGCUCCACGUCGCCCCGCUGGAGGUGCCCCGACUCCUCCAUGCUGCCCUACCUCCGUCCCUCGUAGCCGGUCACCUUAUCUGACGCCGCCAGUCCGAGCCCGCCGCCACCUGUUCAGAUAGCAGCAUGCUGGCGGCAAUUGCCAUAUUCUCCAGGGCCUCAAAGAGAAAUAUGAAGAGCAUCAUGGCACCAAAAUUCAGGACACAGCCAUAGUAGCAGCUGCCUGGCUUGCCAAUCACUACAUCACAGUAUCAGGAGAGGAACACACGUGCAUAAGUAUCUAAAGAGCAAAUGAGGUGCAGGACCACUCACUGAGUUUUGAAGCAUGCAUUUUGGUUAUCUCUCCGCAGUUGGUUAGAUUGCAGGUUCUCAUAUCACAUACCAAGCUUUAAUUAGAAGUUAUUUUCUUCAUAUCAUUCCCUUUCCUUCUUACCCUUUUUUACAUGAGUGGCUUCUCUUUUUGAUGCUUAAGAUGGCUGCUUUUAGUCUUAAGUGACAAACACAACUAAUCAGCAAUAAUAAAAACUUCCAUUAAGAAAGGAAUUUGCAAUGAUUCUUUAACCUCUUGGAAUCUGUUAUAUAUUUGUGGAGCAUUCUAAGGAAAGAUGGAUAUUUCUCAAACAGUUUCAGCGGAUAAUACACAGUUACAGCCUGGUUGUAGAUAGGUAUUUCUCCUUAAAAUGUUCUUGGUGUUCAAAUGAUCAUCGAGUAAAAGUAAAGCGGAGAACUUUAAUUUGGGCACGCACUUGCUUUUUCAAUCCAUUUCAAGGGCAAAGGUGGAUGUAUAGCACUGAAAUUGAAUUUAUAAAAUUUCUGAGCAGCAUAUAUUUAGGUGAUCCCCAUAUGUAAUUCUGCGAAUCAUCAGGACCAUAUGUUAUCUGAGCCUGUCCAAAUCUGCCUGCAGGUUGAGAUAUUCAUUAUAUGCUUGUCUUGACAUGAGUUGGAAAAGCUCUGCCAAGUUUAAAGGGCCUCAUUUAAGGAAUUAUUGUAGCAUGUCACUAGACCUACUUGGGAGUGAACAUAUUGCAUCCGCUAGGAUUAUUCAGAUAGUUAUUUAGCUAUUCAAAUUAUGAACAUAAAAACAAUAAUCACAUACAAGAGGCUAUGAUAAAUGAUAUGCAUGCUUAAAAUUUUGAUGCCACUAGCAACAUACAAAAUGCACCUAUGUACUUCCAUAUAUUGCACGACAACAAGUCCUGUUGAACAACAGGCAAGGCUGAACUGAUGACUUUAUCAAUGCUAGUUAUUCAGGAGGAAGAACGCUGCUGAGCUUAUUCAACAAUAGGUCAACGGCGGUAAUAGCAAGCAGGGCAAACAGACCAUAUAGAAUCCCGCCUUGUUAGAUUGUUCUCUUGCAACAUCAAAGUCUGCAAUCUCGUGCGAUGGAUGUCUUCAUACAAGUGUGUUGCAUUUAUAGAUAGCAAGGUGUGUGGGCGAUGGAUGUCUUCAUACUCUUGCUAUGUUUCCUUGAUUCCUUCCAUAGGUCUACACUGAACAAAUUAACUGUUCUGAAGACCCAUAUAUGCAAGACCAUCUUUGAAGUUCCCGCAGCAACAUCUGGGGUGCUCACCUAAUAUUGAUAAUGAGACACCUAGUUGACAUAAGGAAUUGACUUGUUAUGGUUGGUGGAUGGCUUUAUUUUUAGUUAUAUAUGCGAGAAAUAGGAGAGGCAUGUUUCGGGCAAAUGCGCUCUGUAAAUGUUUUUGUUUGGACAAACCAUUCCAUCCCAUUAUUACAUAUAUGGUUUAGAGUGUAAAGUGAACUGUUCUUCUCUUUAGCACGCGUUCCAUCCCAUACGUGUUGAUUGGGGAGGGUAUUAUCCUGUUUCCAAACGAGACCUAAGUAAGGUACCAGUGGACGAAUCAAAUGAAAACCAUUAGUUCUUCUGUGGUGUCACAAAGCUAGAGAUGAAAAUUAGCAAGGGUAGUUGGCGGGUUUAGUUGAUUCGGUUUGUCUAAGAAAAUAGAAAUACGUGAUCAAGAUGAGGGCUAUAUAUUGGCAAAUUGGAUGCAAAUUGGUUGGUUAGAUUUGUCAUGGUGAAACAGGGGUGUCUGCAAUUUUGACUAUUUGCUUUUAGUAGUAAGCAACAUGUUCAGGCGCAUGUUGAUGCUUCAUCGAUCUCAAAAUUUAUUGGUCCGGUCCUCCAUAGAUGUUCUUCUGCCACAAUUGUUUCCGCUUUCUUUCUCAUGUGCACAAAAGAUACACGUAGUGGCAGCUGCUUUAUCUAUCUUGCAUAUACGUUCACACAGCAAGCAAGGGAUAUCGUUUUCAGAAUAUGUUCCUCCUAGUGCUCCUAGCAAGGUCCAAAGAUUCAAAGUGACCAUUGCGCGAAGGAUUUUGGCUGUCAUUGUAGGUCGGGAUGCCAAGUUUCCCUGCAGGGUUUGGUGUUUUUAUUCCACUUGCUUGGCCGAGGUGUGCAAAUCCUUUUGUGCUGAGAUUCUGCCUGCCUGCAACAAACAAGAAACAAGCCUUUCUGACAUACUAGGAGUAGAAUGGAGGGCCUGGUCUCUUUACAUGCGCCGGGUACAACACAAAUUCUAAUUCUCACGGGUUCAGAAAUAAUCUGCUUGAGCGGAUAAUUCGGUGCCGAUGCUAGACCAGAACGACUAUGGAUGCUAAAUUGGUACCACACCAAGUCGCCUGAAGAUUCGGAGGCCAGAGGCUGAGUUAGCCCCCAGGUUCUUUGGAAUGGAAAGUCAGGUUCUCUUUAUGAUACGCCUGGCUGGCGACGUCCUCACUUCCAGCGAGGUGCGCUGCCUGGAAUUCGAACUCUGGCCCUCCUUUUUUUGGAGGUUGGCAUCUAAACCAGUCGAGCUACCCUCUCUACCCAGUCGCCUCAAGAUUAAACUGAAGCUGUUGGUGAAAUGCAGUCAUCUCUCAAGCAGAAGCCAGAACGCCACUCGUGACUCGUGUAGCUCAAGCUCUCACCAACCGUUGCUACGCCCGGCUCGCCGGUAUCCAAGCUAGGAGGAGGUAGAUGCGCGGCGAGACCAGACCCCAACCACACGCCACGAAACGCGAGCCCCGUGCCCGCGGUUCGAUCGACCUGUUCAGCCAGGCCAAGCCCAGCACGCGCGCCGGCCGGUUGGUUAGGCCGGCGUGCUUAGGUCCAACGGCCACGACGCUCGGGCAUGGCCGUUAGGUCACAGAGUACAGUAGCUCGCGGGUCGCAGCGGCCCCUCACCCAAAACGACAUGCACGAAACGAAACCGUUGCCCUCACUCUUUCUUCCUUCUUCUUCGUCGCUCCCUGGUAAAGUGCUCGCCUGCGCCUGCGCCGACGAGGCCGCUUUCGUUUUCUUCUCCCAUUUGCUCACCCAAUGCAAACCGCGUACCCAAUCGAGAGACCUCGCUCUCCCUUCGCCCUGACUUGCGUUUCAGAUCCUACUAGUGGCAGGUCCAGAAGCUCGCCAUCGGCAGGAAGCAAAUAAUGGCGGUGUGGCGUGCCGCGACGUUUCGUGCGCGCGUGCGAUGGGUGCGUGACACGUUCAAGUAAUCGAGCUGGUGGUGGAUCUGCGUGCUCAUGGUCAUGGGAGACGAAGGCGGCAGCAGCAGCAGCGAGCUAUAUCUGCUCAGCCGCUUCGCGCCAUCGUCGUCGUCGGCUCAGCUGAGAGGCAGGGGAGAAAGGGCCAUGGAUCACCACCAGGACGACCUGUCGGCGGAGCUGGACCCGGCGCUGCUCAUGUCCGCGUCCACGUCCUCCUCGUCGCCGCCGGGCUCCGCCUCGCCCUCCUCCUCCUUCUCCCACCCGUCCCCGCCCCACUACACCCUCGCCGUCAGCGACCUCUCCUCCCCCGCGCCUCGCCGCCGCUCCUCCAUCCUGCCGCCCUUCUUGUCAUCUAGCUGCAUCCCCACCUCCGGCCCGGCGGCCACCGACGGCGGCGAGGGCCUGCUCCUCAAGUCCGUGUCCUUCACCGCCUCCAGCUCCAACAUCCUCGCCGUCGUGGGCCCCAGCGGCGCCGGCAAGUCGACGCUGCUCCGCAUCCUCUCCGGCCGCGGCGCGGGGUCCGAGAUCGCCACGCCGGGGACGGUGUCGCUCAACGGCCGCGCCGUCACCUCCCGCGCGCAGCUGCGGCGGCUCUGCGGGUUCGUCACCCAGGACGACAACCUGCUGCCGCUGCUCACGGUCCGCGAGACCAUCCUCUUCGCCGCGCGCUUCAGGCUCCGCGGCGGCGCCGCCACCGCGCGGGAGCGCCUCGACCGCGCGGAGGCGCUCAUCCAGGAGCUGGGCCUGUCCGAGGUGGCCGACAGCUACGUCGGCGGCGGCGGGGACGGCGCCGCGCGCGGCGUGUCCGGCGGCGAGCGGAAGCGGGUGUCCAUCGCGGUGGACAUGGUGCACGACCCGCCGGUGCUUCUGCUGGACGAGCCCACGUCGGGGCUGGACAGCCGGUCGGCCGUGGACGUGCUGGCGCUGCUGCGCAGGGUGUCCCGCGCGCGGCGGCAGGUGGUGGUGCUCAGCAUCCACCAGCCCAGCUACCGCAUGCUCGGCUACAUCUCCUCGCUGCUGCUCCUCUCCCGCGGCACCGUCGCGCACUCGGGCACGCUCCGGUCGCUCGAGGACGCGCUGGCGCGGCUGGGCCACAAGAUCCCCGCGCAGCUCAACCCGCUGGAGCUCGCCAUGGAGACGGAGGUCACCGCCGAGCUCGCGGAGGACCGCUACCGCCACGGCGCCGGGCUCCUCCUCCUCGACGAGGAUGCGGUGAGCAGCAGCAGCCUCCUCCUCGACAGCAGCAGCAACGACGUCGCCGUCCCCGACCGCGGCGGCUACUACUGCAGCCGCGCCACGGAGGUGUCGGCGCUGGCCGUGCGGUGCUGGCGCACCAUGUACCGCACGCGGGAGCUCUUCGCGGCGCGCGGGGCGCAGGCCGUGGUGGGCGGGCUCGGCCUCGGCAGCGUCUACUUCCGGCUGAGCCCCGACGGCCCCGACGGCGUGGCGCUCCGGCUGGGGCUCUUCGCCUUCACCCUCUCCUUCCUCCUCUCCUCCACCGUGGAGGCGCUGCCCAUCCUCCUCCACGAGCGGCGGGUGCUGAUGCGGGAGGCCUCGCGGCGCGCGUACCGGCUCUCCUCCUACGUGGCCGCCAACGCGCUGGUCUUCGCGCCGUGCCUCCUCGCCGUGGCGCUCCUCUUCGCGGGCCCGCUCUACUGGCUCGCGGGGCUCCGCGCGGCGCCGCGCGGGGCGGCGGCCUUCGCCUUCUUCGUGCUCGCCGUCUGGCUCAUCGUGCUCAUGGCCAGCUCGCUGGUGCUCUUCCUCAGCGCGGUGUCGCCGGACUUCGUGCUGGGGAACGCCCUCAUCUGCGUGUGCCUGGGCGUCUUCUUCCUCUUCUCCGGCUACUUCAUCCCCCGGGCCAGCAUCCCGAGGUACUGGGCCUUCAUGUACUACGUGUCCAUGUACAGGUACCCGCUGGACCUGCUGCUCAUCAACGAGUACGGGGGCGGCGCGAGGGGCAGGUGCGUGGCGUGGGUCGGGGGGAACGCCAUGGCCGGCGGCGGCGUGUGCCUGCGGACCGGGGCCGACGUGCUCAGGGACAGGGGCAUCGACGAGGGGAUGAAGUGGGUCAACGUCGGGGUCAUGCUGGGCUUCUUCCUGCUCUACAGGGUCAUGUGCUGGGCCGUGCUCGUCAGGAGGGCCUCCAAGACCACCCUGUGAUCUGAUCGAUCAUCCAUGGCAGCUCCUCUCUUUUCUUCCUUCAGGGUUUCGAUGGUUCAUUCAUUCAGGGGAAGGAAGACCUGUAAUCUGUUUCAGCAAGCAUUGUAAUAUUUUUGUAUUGUGUUCCAUUUUAUUACCUUUUGGUUAUUUUGGGGCUUGGUGUUAACUACGAAAUGUGACGUUCAUCUGGGCUAAGUGGAAUAUUAAUGUGAACUUCGGCAAUAAACCAGUUCAUUUAGUGACAAA